UGUGUGAGUAUAAAUUCUGGAUUCAAUGAAGGUCACCACAAACCCUACCACUUUUCUGCUGUGGUCUGAUAAUCUGCAUUAUUUUGAUUAAAACCAUGGCACUUUUUGGGAAAGUUUUGGAACCAGUUGGCUUCAUGCAGUCCAUGCGUGUGCUAGUAGAAGGAAUCUGCACUUACUUGAAUGGCAAUGCCACAUCUGAUGACAUGGACCUGGUGAAGAAGAACUUGGACCACAUUGAUCAUGAAUUUAGCUCCUUUGGCCCAGGUCUGUUGACUGAUCAGGAGGUCCACUGUCUCGAAAAUGACUUAGCUGUGGUAUACAGUCAGCUAGGAGCAUCGGUGAGAGCCCAGCCAGAGUUUACAAAGCGAGAAAAGGAAGUGUUUCUUCGUUUUGUCCAAGAGUAUCGUCUGGAGAGGCAACUGACAGCACUGUACAGUCGGAUGAUGGGCAUCUCUGUCCUGACUGAUCAGCCUACACUGCUAGAGGAGCUGGUUCAAAAACGCAAGCCAAGACGCUGGCAAAUUAAGGAGUUUUGUGUGAAGGUGAAUUUUGUCCUUGGGACAGGCCUGUUAUGUCUUUUUAUUGAAGCCUCUUUGACAGGCCGAGAUCAGGCCCUCCUUAUGAAGAGCUGGUCCGACAGGAUGGCUGCCUUGUACAGGAAGCUAAAAUCCACUGGAGGGCUCUGCUCUGGAUACUUCAGGGAACAGGCUCAAGAGGAUGUCAAGAAGCAGAUCUUAGAGCUUAAGUGGAACACGCACACCCCGGAGGAGCAAGCGGCAGAGAUUCUAAAAUCCUUAGAGCGAAAUUACGACUGGCUGCGCUGGGCUGUGAUGGUACACCCCCCUGUUGGAUCCUGGCAGGAGGUAGCGGCUGAAGACAAGGAUGGAGCUGAAGAGCAGAGCAGUCAGCCAAGCCUGAGCUCUGAGCACUUCAUCUCUGUUUGCUCAGAGGUUCCUAAUUCCAAUAUAGUCGCCUGCUUCAGGGACACCCCUUCCUCUCUGGAUAAAAGUCGCAUCCAUCAGCUGAUAGUGGACCUGGAAUGGAAGAUCCCAAACCCGCCUCCUGAGAUAUAUGCAGCUAUUGAAGAAGAUCCCGGCAAAGCCAGGCUCUAUCUGGCUAAUCGGAUGUUGAAAAAGCUGCAAGAGGGGCUUGGCACUGGUGUGGCUAUCCAUGUUGUACCAGGAAAAAUGGAGAUGAAGUGCAACUUUCCUCAGGCCUCAUACUAUCAGUAUGAAUACAAGCACAGGCUGGCUUCUGGAACAGUGUGUGUAUUUGGAUAG